AUUCGAUGAUGACGUGUUCUUCAAAUUUUGUAUGAAGCGCCAAAGUGAAAAAAAAAAAAAAAAAAAAAGUCUUCGUGUUAAUUUAGGUCGAGCAAACACUUGGAUGAAAAAACCAUCAGCGCUGGCCCAUGCUUGGUAGACGCGACUUCCCCAGUCGAGCGGAAAAAAAGGUCAUCGCAGAGUCCGUGAAGGCGAGGAAGCGCGGGCGAUGUCGAAGUCCCGCGCUCAGCCGUCUCUAUGACAACCUAUGGAGAAUGGCGAUGCCUUGUGGCACGAGGAGGCCCGCCAAGUGGGAGAUUCUUCAGCAGGCAAAAAUCUUUCUGCAACAACAGGAAACUCACCUCAGUAGACUGCUCUUUCUGAAAGAGACAUUUCUUCCAGCUAAUUGUGGCCCAUAUAAUUUGGAUGAGGUCAAAGAAGAAUACAGAAUGCAGCAUUACUGUAGUUCAGGAAUGGUUGAGAGCUUUGACAGCAGUAAAGAUGAAACUGGGGAUGACCUGGACAUGUCACAGUCUUGCAGAGACGCCACUGCCAUGGAGUUUAAGGGCACAGGAAAUAUAAAUGAAGAAGGCAUGACAGUUUUUACUGAAGAGGCAAUUGAGAUUCUAAACCAUGAUGAUGAAGAAGUUGUAGAUGGACCAGGCAGGUCACAGUCCUCCAAAAACUCCAUUGCCAGUAUCAUUGCGUUUGAGGGGUACCUGUUCUUCUACAAACAGAUGAUGGACAUGCUAUUGUGGAAUGGGGUGCUGUUGCCAGAGCAGAGUGGCUUGCAAUGUCUGGUGUCAAAGGUAAUCUUUAGCUUGUGGCAGAGAAUGACCCCUGAGCACUUUGCUGUGCUCCUCACCUUCAGCCAACAGAAGGGAUUGUACCCCUUGGCCAGUAUGCACCAAGACAUCUGUCUCCCAAGCAGUUCUCAGAUCAGCAGGCAGGAGGUGCUAGAGACCUCUGAAUCGACCAUGUAUGAGGACAUGCUCCAAGAUGUUUAUGAGGUUCUUGAGAGACAUCAGGAUUCCAUUUUGGAAGACAGGGACAAAGCCAUCUGCAUCACGGGCAAGUUCUGGGCAUCCACCUACGAAGUCUGGGAAAGUUCUAGGCACCUCCCUACGAAAUCAUAUUCUCAGAUUUUUAACCCAUCAGAAAUUGAAACUCGAUCACCUGCUGUCACACAGAGGGCUACAGUCAUUUCCUUGUGCAUCACUACCUGCCUCUCAGGCAUCUCUACCUGGAAGUCUAAUCACCAGCUUCAAUUCAGCCUCUCCAAAACAGAGAUCCUUUUCACCUCCCAGCUGGUCCAUCCUCCUGUCGAGAACUGGCUCAUUUCACCUACCACAUUGGCUAAGAGCCUGAAAGUAAUGAUAAACUCAAGUCUAUCCUUCUCUCAGUUUAUGAAAGCCACAACCUGGUCCUGCAAAUACGUUCUCCGUAACAUCUGCAGAAUCUUCCCUUGUUCAACAAACUUUAUGUAACCCCUGCACCAGGACUACUGCAACUCUCUGCUAUCUCGCCUUCCGGUCUCUACUAUCAAACCUCUCAAGUUAAUACAAAAUGCUGCUGCAUGAGUCGUGUUUGACCUGCCAAAGAAUUCCCAUGUAUCUCCCCUCCUCAUCUUGCUGAACUGGCUUCCUAUAGCUGCCUGGAUCAAAUUCAGCUCUCUUGUUACAGCCUCCGAAACCAUCAAUGGAUCUUCUCCCCGAUAUCUAGACCUAAUCGCUCGCUAUACGCCAACCAGACUGCUACACUCCUCCAAUUCUGCUCUCUUACUGGU